AUCUGAAGGUACACAUGAGAAUUCAUACAGGAGAGAAACCAUUUUGCUGUUCUGAGUGUGGGAGGAGAUUUGGUCGAAGUUGAAUUCUGAAGAACACAUGAAAACUCAUACAGGAGAGAAACCAUUUAGCUGUUCUGAGUGUGGGAAAACAUUUGGUCAAAGUGAAAAUCUGAACGUACACAUGAGAACUCAUACAGGACAGAAACCAUUUAGCUGCUCUGAGUGUGGGAAAAGAUUUGGUCUAAGUGGAAUUCUGAAGGUACACAUGAGAACUCAUACAGGAGAGAAACCAUUUAGCUGCUCUGAGUGUGGGAAAACAUUUGGUUAAAGUGAAAAUCUGAAUGUACACAUAAGAACUCAUACAGGAGAGAAACCAUUUAGCUGCUCAGAGUGUGGGAAAAGAUUUGGUUCCGGUAGAGAGUUGAGGGAACACAUGAGAACUCAUACAGGAGAGAAACCAUUUAGUUGCUCUGAGUGUGGGAAGAGAUUUGGUCAAAAUGGAAAUCUGAAGGUACACAUGACAGUGCAUACAGGAGAGAAACCAUUUAGCUGCUCAAUUUGUGGGAAAUCAUUUACACAAAAUGGAAAAUUACAUAAACACAUGAAAACUCAUGCGGGAGAAAAGUGAUUCAGCUGUUCAGUCUGAAAAAAAAUCUAUUUGGAAUAAGAUUUUAAAUACACUCAUGAUUGACACAGACCCAAACAUUUAUGUUUAUAUGUUUUUAAAUGUAUGUAUUUACUUACUUAGUUAGUUACCAAGAUCAGUCUUGUACAGCCAGGGGGGAGUAUUUCCCCUCUGACA